AGCUUGUUAAUAAAUGUAUAUUUUUGAUUGAACUAUCUCUUUUAUUAAAGAACCUUUAUAACCAGGAAUAUUCAUGUAUAUGUGUAUAUAAGAAUAAAUAUACAUAUUUACAUAAAUAUAUCCUUGGUCAACAGAAUGGCGACCACUAGUGGACAUAAAACAGAUAGUCUCUAUCAAAAUAUGUAUAUUUACUAAUAUAGGCACAAUCUAUAAGAAGUGGUGACUAUUUUAGGUCCACUUUAAAAAUAUAGAAAAUCGUGGGUAGAAGUUUGCAUUCAGCAAUAGUAAAUGAAGGCUUAUUUGGAAAUUGCGUACUUAUGCCGCACAAUUUGUAAUGAAAAUGAUCUGCUUAGUUUGCCAUAAUCUCAAAUUUUACUAUAUUUUGCCUUGGGUCUGUGCUAAAGAAUAGUUAUUAGAACAUGGAUGAUUUGUAUUGCAGUGAGGAUAAACAGUCUUUGAAGACUUUGUUACUUGUAGCAAAUGAUAUUGGUAAAUUAAAGCCUGAAGUACAUAUUACUUUCCAUGCAGUUACUGUCCUGCAGAGAUGCAAAUUGUUUGGCAUUACAAACCCCACUGACCAGGUGAAAGUUUUACUUUUGACAAUAGAAAUGUCCACAUGGCAGUGCUUAUCAGACAGUAUUAAAGAAGGCAAAGGAAAUUAUGAUGAAACAGUGGAUGAAUUACUUAAAAUAUUGCAUCCAUUUGAUAUAGGCUUUAUGGCUGCAUACAAAACAAAGCAGAGACAAAAUGAGAAUCCAUUGGUUUUUGCUAACAGGUUAUGGGCAACUUACCACAUUGGUAAAGGCAGAACUGGAAACAGAGAUGACUCUGAAUACAAGAAUUUGUUAAUUUGCAAUGCUCAUCCAAAAAUUAAGGCAAAAUGUGGAUUUCUAAUAGACCCCCAAACACAUGCUUAUGAUGAGAUUAUUGUAUUAAUGCAGCGGUGUUUCAAUGUUUUACAGAAACGUAAGCCUUUAAGAUCAAGAAAUGGAGGUAUAAAUAAACUAGGUGCAACUGGAAAUUCCUUCCAUGUAAACCCUUGUAUCUCUGUUAUAAACAAAGAAAGUAGUCAUUACAAUGACAAUAUCCAAAGUAAGGUAACAAACAUAAACAGUGCCCAAAGACAUGCCCCUAACAGGAAUAUGCAAACAGAAUCUCAGUGUUAUACAUACCAAACACUGGCUUUUAAAGUACACACCCUAGAUAAUGCCCUAAAGACAGAACACAGGAAACACGUUCUGAGAGAAAUUGAAUUACAAACCAAAAUUAAUUCUCUCAGAAAUGGAAUAAGUUCUUUACAGGCUCAAAAUAUUGCUUUGCAACAGACCACCAGUGCACUACAAUUGUCCCAUAUAGAUGCAAUUGGUAAAUAUAAUACAUGCCAUGCAGAAAUGGUAAAAUGUAAAAAAAAAUUAAAUGAUUUACAAGAAAGAUAUUUGCAUCUUUCUAAUGUUCCUUUAAAAGUAAUCAAAUCUACUCAAACUGAGCACACUGGGGAAAACUGUAAAAUAGCCAUAGUCUCUGGUUAUUCUGAUGUAUUUAAAAAGCAGAAACAUAGUAAAUACGGGACACAAAAUCAUGAUACAGAAAGACAUACUUCUGAUGUACUAGAUGAGUCAGAUACAUAUGAUUUAAGUAGCCUGUUUUGCCAAGACCAUAAUGCACAACUUACAGAAGUUAAAGAUAAUGGUUGUGUGCUAGGUACUUUGGAAAACAUGGAAAGUAUGAACCACUAUGGAAACUUUCCAACAAUUAGUGACUGUGAAAAUUGGUGUACUUUUAAUUCAGGUACUGUUAACCCUUUGGGUGCAUAAAUUUGUUUUCCUUUGAAAAUCUCUAAAGAAUUUCCUCUUUCCCAAAAUUCUGAAAAUCAUAUACAUAUAUUUUAUUUUUUCUCUAUUAUUCCAAUAUUUAUUUAUUUUUUUCUCCCUCCUAUUGUGUGACAAAUGAACAACCUUUUGUUUUCCAAAGGGUAAUGCACAAUUUCUUCAAAGAUCCUCACAAAUUAGCAUGAAGGGGUAAAGAUAAAUAACCCUUCAAAGCCAUUCCUUUGUUCUUUUGUAAGAGGAAAAGAUAAUAAAUGCAGAGAUGGGAGACCACUGCAAACAAACUUAGCAUUACCUGCCCCACCCAAAUGCUUGCAGUACUUUUUGAAGAUUUCUGUUCAUUGUGACAUUUUGAAUUACUGUUAACCAACAGGACUACUUAUGUGAAAUCUCCAUAAACUACAUAUGUAUAGAUAUUAAUAGUUAGAAUUAUGUGUGUACAUGUGUGUAUGUGAGAGUUUGUAUAAAUGUAUAGGAAUCUUGUGUAUAGGAAAAAUCAAGUCAGGAACACAGCAUAAUUACAGUCACCACAGCUGAGGAGGAUGUUAGCCAUAAAACCAAAUAAGGUAACAAAAGAGUGGGCUAUUCUAAAAAAAAAAGGGAGUGACAAGAUAGUAUAUACAUAGACAUUGGACUCCAGUUGGUAUCACACAUUCUAAUGUGGGAAUGGCUCCAGUUGUCAUCACGCAUUUCUAAUAUGGGAAUGGCUCCUAUUGUUUAUAUAUAGAAACAGUAAAACAUAGGCCGACGCCGACAUUCCCCUCCAGACUCAUGAAUAUUAACGAACUAUUCAAACCAACCAAUCAAAUAGUGAAAACCAAUCUUUAUGAGAAAAUAUGAUUUGAACAACCAAUGGAAGUGAGCCUAGUAUCAGCAUAUGGGAAUAGAGGAUAUAUCAGGCCAGGUAGGGCUCAGUUAGAGGAAGAAGGAAAAGACAGAGCUACUCUGGGAUCCCAAUGCGAUAUUAAGGUAGCUAUACUUUGGUACCUGUAAGUACUGUCUGAUGUUUGUGUGUGUUUAUGUCUUAUAUAUAUCUUUGUUAUAUUUUUACCCUAUGUUAAUAGUAAGGAAGUAUGAUUAAUGUUUUACAGUUUAUACCUGAUUCUGAUAUGUGUUCUUAAUAAAUUUCUGUUAUUUUGUAUCUCUAUUGUGAUCGAGGUGCCCAAGGGGGGGAGAAUAUAACACCUUGAUUAGAAAUGGGCACUCUUGCGUAUACACAAUAAAAUGGAACAGUUUGUCUUGGAAUGAGCAAACUACUGUACAUACCAACAGAAACUCAAUGAACAUGUGAACUAUUUCCAUACUAUAAUUAGUAAUUUUGUUUGUUUUGAUUCCUUGUUAGGUUUUCUUUGUUCCUUUCUUUUAUUUAGGAAAGUCAAACAUCCAGCCACAUCUUAAGAUGACAUGUUUACAGCCUCUGCUGUGGAUGAAAACCUCACCAAUUCUCUUAUUUUAAUUACCUAACUAAUUUACCAUUCAAACUAAUGUUGCCUAACAUGCAAUCCAAUUUUGUUUUGUUGGUUUUCUAACACCUUUCUCUGAAAAUGUGCAUGCACUAACAUGUGAUGGCCAUCAAUAACAAGUUUUGUUAUGUUUGUGUUUUAGUAUUAUAUUCUAAAGAAAAAUCCACGUGGUAUAAGUGAGCUCACUAUAAAAAAAAAAAAAUUGGUUUGCAAACACAUUUAUAUCUGUACAUUUGUGCACAAGUGACAAUCGUCAAAGUAUUCUUUUAUUAUUAUUGUUGUGUUUAUUUUGUUUUAUAUGCCUGAGUGACUAAAUCCUUUUUACAGGUAUACUUCUGAUUUCUUUAAGGACAUAAAUGGCACAACACAACAGAUAUUGCCUAGACAUGUUCCAGUGAUGGAUGUGUGUGCCUUCUUAUUUACUAGGAAAUUUAAAAAUUUCACAGUUGAAACUUUAGGCUAAAUUAAUAUCAUAAGAACAUAUUUAGCAUUCACUCUUGGAGCUGUUGAUUUCUCAAGCUGAAAUACCCGUACACAUUUGUGGAGUAUAUGGACAUUUAAGUCUGAUUUUCAGCCAAACAAGUUUAAUGAUUUAGGAGUGUUCUUGGGAACUAAUGCAGCUUUGACAAUUUUUGCUAAUGAACGAUUUUCAUCAUUAGGAUACACUCACACAUUUUUGUCUAUUUUAUAUGUUCUAUUUUAAUCUGUAAUUUUGACUGCAGUAUAUGUUUUGUGUCUGUCAUGUAACUUCCUAUUUAUAGUAAUUUAACAAAAUCCAGUCUUUGUUUUGGUAUGGAAACUACAUAACUUUAAUGUUUACUGAACCAGACCUAUUCUAACUCAAAAUUUACAUGGAGAACAAUAACAAUUAGAAAGACUGCAAAUAACUGCCUCUACAUGGAUAAUAUUAAGUCAUGUUGAUCUUUUCUGUUGAAAACCAUCUCUUUCAGAUUUUGAGAAGUGUUUAACUGGUUUACAUUUUGCUUUGUGUAAUUCUAUGUUUCAUACUUAAUUAACAUACCUUUGCCACAAGGUGCAGUAAAUAGUUAAUGUUUGCAGUUAGCUAAAGAGCAAGUAUAAGCAAAGUUAUUGUACUGGGUCAUUUUGUUCUGUGUUUACUCCUACUAUGGGAGUGAGGUGAAUGUGAAGAGUGGUGGCAUUUCCAUCCUUUUUCCAUAUAUAGCAUUUUGACAUAUCAACCAAAUGGGUGUCAUUGCACAGCCUCAAAAUAAAGUAAACAUAUGCUGACAAUUAAUUUGCACAUCAAUGAAGAUGUUUGGUUUCAAAGACUUGUGUUUUGAAUUAGCAUGACAGCUAAAUAUCUACCUGAAACUUCAGGAAUGUUCUACAAUUGGACUACAAGGGAAGCAUGUCUGCAACCUGUGAUGAGAACAGUAGCAAAGGAGGAACACCAAGUAAGCCUGGUAAUGCACGGCAGUUUGAAUGGCCUCAAGUGAUCAGAGACUUUAUAUCUUUUUGGAGUGAAAUCCAUGAUGGAUGCAACCGAUCCUUUCCAGCAACAUGUACUCUCAACUAUGACGCAGAUCCAGUAGACUUUGUAUCCAGAGCAGGAAGUCUGACCCAUGGAUAUUGUCUUUAUACUCAAGGCCCAGAGACCAGCAAAUCAAUAAGUG